AUGGCGGAGGCUGCAGGCACGUCGCGUGGCCUCCGCGUCUACAAGAUUGUAGUACUCGGCGACGGGGGAGUGGGCAAGUCCGCGGUCACACUGCAAUUUGUUAGUCACAGUUUUCUGGAUUAUCAUGAUCCUACAAUAGAGGACUCAUACCAACAACAAGCUGUGAUUGAUGGAGAGCCUGCAUUAUUAGACAUUUUGGAUACAGCUGGACAGGUAGAGUUUACAGCAAUGAGGGAACAGUACAUGAGGUGUGGAGAAGGCUUCAUGCUGUGUUACUCAGUGACAGACAGACGUUCAUUUCGCGCGGCGGCCGAAUAUAAACGAUUGCUCGCCCAAGCUCGUCCCUCUGAGAGGCUGCCUUUGGUUCUUGUUGGAAAUAAACUGGACCUUGCCCCAAGGUUUAGACAGGUAACAGUAGAAGAAGGAAAAGCCCUCGCGACUCAACUGGGGUGUCCGUUCUUUGAAACGUCGGCAGCAUUGCGUCACUUCGUAGAUGACGCCUUCCACGGCCUCGUAAGGGAAAUACGUCGGUUAGAACGACAGCGACAGUCCUCCAUCAUCGGCACCGGCAUCUCGACGGGCGGUGGGCGGCGGCGCUGGCGGCGCCUGCGCAGUAUAUUCGCGCUUGUGUUCCGCAGGCAGCGCAGGCAACAAUCCACC